AUUAAAAUAAAUAAGAGAAAAAGCGCAGACAAAUUGACUUGGAAUCAAUAAAUUCUUAAUCGUUAGCCGAAAAAGAAUAAGUAAUCCGCGAAUUGCAGAAAUAAUUGAAGAGCAGCAAUCGGCGGAACGGUCGCGAGAGAGAGAGAGGGAGAGAGCGAGAGAAACUUGGAGCUGCACGGUGAAAUUUCGUGGUUUCGGCACCCGACCCCCUGACCCCGCACAACACAUCCACAUCCAUAUGUAUAUCCAUAUCCCCAAGAUGCUGUGUAUACAAUAUUAGCGAUUACCGACAGAAGGCAGCGCAUGUGCCGGCAUCCGAGGAAACACUAUUUAAUAUUUGAGCUUUUGUAAACAAAUUCUGGAGCGGCACCCGAGGUCAAACAAACUGGUGUGAAUAGGCUUCGUAUCGUUUCGUUUUGUUUCGUUCUGCCGAAAGUGCCAGUAAUCCCGUGCAGCUUGCAAUGGCCACAACUUUGGACAGCCAGCUGUUGCCCAAUGGCAAUCAGGAAUUUAGGCUUAGGAAUGGCAAGACCAAAAACGGAGAGGAGGAGGAGGUGGAUGAAGGAUCUGGUCUGAGUGCAGGUGCAGAUGCUGGAACAGCACUAACCGCACACCCAAACACAUCCGGCACCUUUAUGAAAUUGAAAACCUAUCUCCUAGCUCUGCGUCCAUGGUCGCUGUCCGCCAGUCUGGUGCCCACGCUCCUCGGCUCGGCCCUGGCCCACCGCUCCCAGUGGGCGGCGGAGUUCUCGCUGGCCACCUUUUUCCUCACCGCCUUCACCGUGGUCACCGUCCACUGCGCCGGCAACGUGGUAAACACCUACUUCGACUUCAUCAAGGGCAUCGACAAGCAAAAGGCCGACGACCGCACGCUGGUGGACCACAUACUCACCAAGGAUGAGGUGGUUUCUCUGGGUGCCAUUCUCUACAUGGCCGGGUGCGGGGGAUUUGUUUUGCUGGCGGUGCUCAGUCCGGCGAAAAUGGAGCAUCUGGCGCUGAUCUACUUCGGUGGACUGUCCUCGAGUUUUCUGUACACAGGAGGCAUUGGUUUCAAGUAUAUCGCCCUGGGAGAUUUGGUUAUACUGAUACUGUUUGGGCCCAUAUCGGUGCUUUUUGCCUUCAUGUCACAAACGGGUCACGUGGAUUGGACGACAAUGGGCUAUGCGAUUCCAUUGGCCCUCAACACAGAGGCCAUCCUGCACAGCAAUAACACCAGAGAUGCGGAUAACGAUCGUCGGGCCGGAAUCGUAACACUGGCCAUUCUGAUAGGACGCACUGCUUCGCAUGUCUUGUACGCCAUGCUGCUCUUUGCACCCUACUCGCUGUUCUUCAUCUUCGGCCUAAAGUACUCCCUAUGGUUCCUGUUGCCAUUGGUAACCCUGCCACAAGCCUUUCAGAUAGAGAAGCGUUUCCGCAACGAGCAGACGAUGCACCUGGUGCCACGGCAAACGGCCAAGCUGAACUUCUUCUUCGGCAUCCUGUACAUCGUGGCCUGCUGUUGUGCUCAGCAGUUGCCCACCUUUGGACUACGAAAAAAUUGAUAGACGGGGUGUACCUACGGAUCUGGCAGAAACUUCGAUUCAGAGAGAAUCUGGUGCAAUGUUUUUAGGGAAUUUCAUUAGGUUUUAGUCAAUGUGUGUAGUGAGAAGGGAGAACGAAGCUUUGUCAAUUUCCCACAGUUUGAUGUUGCGCAAUUUUCAAAUGCCUGCUAGUCGCCCGUUAUAGCCUAAACUUUUGAACUGAACAUAUCCUAGCCCUAAAGGGUCGAUCAUUUGACAGAAAAUCUAGGGAUAAAUAUAAAACAUUUUACAUUUGAGAAUAAAGGCCUAAUAUCAGCUUGAAAGUUUCAUAUUUGAAUUCAAAAUUUUAAACCAUGAACUUAGAAAGGAAUCACUGUUAAAAAAGUACUUAUACUAGAUGAUAGUUUUUUUUAAAUAAACUUUUAAUUUGUAAAUUGAAUGUUGAUAAUAGACCUUUAGUUUCUGUGUCAAAUACUUAAAAUUAUUCAAAGAUUUGUUCAUUACCUACAAUAUCGACCCAAACCUACCUUGCUCGUUUUUAUUUAUUUCACAUCGUCACUAUCUUAAAUCUUAACCAAUCAAUUACAACUCAAUGUAAUUAAUAAUCAUACUCUUCCUCUCGCGCGUUGGGAAUUACGGACCAAGAAAGUUAUGUGCAACAGUAACCAGUAAUGCUAAUGAAGACCCAAUUUUAUAUUAUUCUAAAAUAUAAAUCACCACAUUCAUACGGGUGCAGAUACUUAAGUUUCGCGAAUGAAAAUGCAGAUUUACUUUACGAAUAUAAGUGCUUGGAAAUGCAGCUAUGUUGAACGUUUUUUGGCAAUUGGCUGGCUUGCUUUUUGUGUAACGAUUGUUAGAGUUUUUACAUAUAUUAUAUACACGAACACGAGCAAAUAUUUAUAUACACAUCUAGAUCAUGUAAGCCCAGUGUCUAGCGGCAGGCUGAGAGUGAGAAUAUCAAAAGGAAAAUCAAGAAAAACCUAAGUUAAACGACGAACAGAACACAAAUUUCAAUUUUUAAAUAACUAUGUACGUAGAGAUGUCGAGGCGAAGAAGCAACAAUUGUUUUCCAUUAACAAUAGCGUAUGCAUAUAAACAAAUAGCUUUAAAUAUAAACAAAAGAGGAGAAAGCCAAAACCUAUUCGCAUUAUAAACCAUUAUGUAACUGAACAUUUUUGUGGCAAUAUUUCUUUGUACGCUAGUUUUUGUAUAUUCAUUCAUGCUUUUGUAUACUGCAUUGAGAAAUGCUUCUGUUGGAAUCGCUUAACAGCCGAAUUGAAUUGAACUAAGUGAAAACUUCGUAGACUACAAAUCAACAACAACAUGAACAAUAAUAAUUAUAAUGAUAUUGAUAAUUAAAUGUUUAAUUAGAAAAUGUAAA